AUGAAUACAACUCCGUUGGAAUCAAGAAAGGAGCCUAUUGAUGGGGUGUAUGAAGGUCGAAGGCGACGGAGGAUUCCAAAGCCUGGUGCUGGAAUCUGGCUAGACUUACAAGAGAAAGUGCCCUGCUAUUGGCAGGAUUGGAGAGAUUCAUGGGAUUAUCGAGUGAUACCGUCUGUUUUGAAUACCUAUUUCAACAAUCUACUACCUGCUUUGGCUUUUGCACAAGAUAUGUUCGAUAAAACCCAUAAUGCUUAUGGAGUAAAUGAAGUUUUACUCUCUACAGGUCUGGCUGGUGUCGUCUUUGGGGUACUGGCAGGGCAGCCAUUAUGUAUUGUUGGUGUAACCGGACCUAUCGCUAUCUUCAAUUACACGGUUUAUGAGCUUAUUGGGCCCCUGAAUACUAAUUAUUUUGGAUUUAUGUUUUGGGUUUGUAUAUGGUCUAUGAUAUUACAUUUGAUCAUGGCCUUUAGCAAUACAGUUGCUCUAUUGCAGUAUGUGACGGCGUUUCCUUGUGACAUCUUUGGGUUGUUCAUUAAUGUUGUCUAUAUUGAGAAGGGGAUCCAAAUCCUUACGAGACAAUUCCACACCAAUGAAGGCGAGGAGGAUCUUACAGCUGGAUUUGGCAGUGUAACAGUGGCGCUUUGUAUGACCCUCUUUGGUCUAGUGUUCAAGAAUAUAACUCGAACUCCGCUAUUAACUCAUAGAUUGCGGAUAUUUAUUGCAGACUAUUCAACCCCAUUAUCAGUAUUGUUUUGGUCCGCUUUUACUCAUUUUGGAGGCUAUCUAGAUGAUGUUCAUUUCCAAAAGGUUCCAAUCUCGAAAUCUUUCUACCCAACUGACAAAGUUAAUAGAAAUGCUUCAACGUGGCUGGCCUACCAAAAAAUACCUGUGAAAGACGUUUUCAUUGCUCUUCCAUUUGGAAUCAUCUUAACUCUUUUAUUUUAUUUUGACCACAAUGUUUCUUCUCUGAUGGCACAGAGAUUCGAGUACAAACUCAAAAAGAAUGCAUCAUUUCAUUACGAUUUUGCACUUUUAGGCAUAACUACAGGAGUAAGCGGAGUGUUGGGGAUCCCAGCACCAAACGGGUUGAUUCCACAAGCUCCAUUGCAUACAGAGUCUUUGUUAGUUCACGAUGAAAAUGGUAAGGUUGCCAGAUGCGUGGAACAAAGGUUUACCAACACUGUCCAAGGUUUGAUGGCCAUUGGUACAAUGACCCGUCCACUUCUGGUAUGUUUGGGUCAAAUCCCACAGGCAGUAUUAUCGGGAUUAUUUUUCAUAAUGGGUAUCGAAGGUUUGCUGCACAAUGAAAUCAUCGCCAGGAUACUUUGCCUGUUCACAGAAACUAAGAAAAGGGACCCUCAAUCUAUCCUAAACCACGUUUCAAGAAAGAAACUCGUGAUAUUUUUGUGCUUUAGUCUUGCCGGAUUCGUCGGUGAGUUUGCCAUUACAAACACCAUAGCAGCUAUUGGAUUCCCACUGGUUCUGUUACUAACGGUCAUUAUACGGAUGGUGUUCCCCAAGAUAUUCACCAAAGAAGAGCUGAAUGUAUUGGAUCAUAACGCUACGGAGGAGUUUACCGUUAAAAAUACUUUUGCUAGACAAUCUCUGUGGUUUAAGCAGAUCAAGCAGUUUAGAAGCAAGCUAGUCGGCAGCAUUAAUAUUAGCAUUUCAUUACAUUACCACGCAGGAUUACCAAGCAGGAUAAAAUGA